GUUACGUCAUCGGCCGGCGCACCACUCCUCCACCAUCUUUGCCACGUCACACCCAGGGCUUCGCAUGCGGAAACGGCAGCUGAAAACACCCACGCUGGUCGGCUCGGUGAUGUAGCCCAACCUACAAAACUUGUACAACUGCCCAGUUGUCACUGUUCGUGCCCCGAGUCCAGGAAUCUCCUCCGUCGGUUUUCUUUUUACCGGUUGUGAAAUGCUGCUAAACGAGACUCCGCUGUUCGAGCCCUCACUUCUUCAGGAGCUGGACUGGAGCAGCAACCCUCUCUCCUUCUCCCCCCCCAUCUCCCCCUCCAGUCCGGGGCAAGACCUGGUGCUCAGGCCGCUUUGUUUGGCUGACUUCAACAGGGGAUUCUUGAAGGUUUUAUCUCAACUUACUCAGACGGGCGAUGUCACACCAGAGCAGUUCACAAAGAAGUUUGAACAUAUGAAGAAGACCGGCGACUACUAUGUAGUUGUAGUGGAGGACACAAACCUGGGACAGAUUGUUGCCACGGCCACGUUGAUCACGGAACACAAAUUCAUCCACUCCUGUGCUAAGAGAGGCCGAGUGGAGGAGGUAGUAGUUAGUGACGUGUGCAGAGGAAAGCAGCUGGGCAAACUGUUGGUUUCAGCGCUCACUCUUCUCAGCAAAAAACUCAAUUGCUACAAAAUCACACUGGAAUGUGCACCCAACAAUGUGGCUUUCUACCAAAAGUUUGGAUACACCCCCUCACAGGAGACGUACAUGCAGUGUCGAUUUUCCGACUGAGGACAAUAGCGGCCUUAAACCUUUUUUGGGGGGCAUGGACCCGACCGUUAUACACUCACUGACGAGCUGCCCAUGGACGAGGUUGUGGUUGUGAGUCGUUCCUGAAUUUCAACACACUUGAGUAAACCUCAAUGUAUGUUGAAGCCUUUAGCUCAGUAGAAAAUGAACCUCCUCUGCCCCUUUGGUUACCAUGGCUACCGCACAAACACGUUUCCCCAUCCGUGCAAGGAAAGAAAUGAUUAAGUGUAACUGCAAGAUCUUAAUUAUGUGACAUUAUUUCUAAGUAAAUAUCUGUGUACUAAAUGAUAUUACCUACAAACAUCUGUCAGUAAAAACAAUUGCUUAAUAAUAUACAUAUUUAUGAUAUAGCUAAUUAACUGACUACAGCAUCUCAAGUUCACUACAAAUCCUAGAAUCCUGUAGGGAAUACGUUUUGAUCGUGAUUCAUAGUUCUUCUCACACUGUCUCAGCUGUUUCAUUGAUCAUCAUGGGCAACCACCAAAGAAAUUGUUUCUUUAGGGGUGAUUAGUUUAUUAUUCCUUUGGGUUUUACUGGGGUUUCAUUUUUCUAACAUGUCCUAUUUGGUAUAUUGUGCUCUACAUCUGGGAAAGCUGUUCUGUUUGACACCAGCGUUGCCGGAUAACUUUAACGGUUUAAAUACAAUAUGAAGAAUUACCAUCAAGACUGUUAUGUAUAUUUUUAGCAAACAAUUCUUUUUCUUUGAGGGAGAGGUGAGCCAUUAGCCAAGUUUUUUCUUUUUUUAUUGGGCCUGUAUUCAAAAUGUGAUCUGCUGUGAGAGCGAGGGAAACAUUUUUAUGGGGAAAUGGAUAGAAAUUAUUUUGUAAAUUAAGUUAUAAUACUCUGGCAAAAUGGUUCAUAUUUAUUGUAAUUUAUUUACUUAACUAUGUAAGCAACAUAAAAUGUUCUACAAUCUA